CUAUUAUCUCCCAAAUAAAAGGGUCACCAACUGUUCAUCCAAAUUUUCCAUUUGAUUCUAAAAACCCAGAUGAAAAGUCUAUAAAAGAGAUCACUGUUCUCAAUGGCACCGGUAGUUCCAAAUCAACCAUUUCUCAAGCUAUGACUUCGACAAUGGAAAUUACAAAAAGGGUAAAUUAUUAAAUGAUUUAAACCUACAGACAAAGUAUGCAAAUGACCGGCCGCAGAAGAGUAUACUAAAACAGUCGCCGCUGCAUUCAACCACCGCAAACGGCGACGGCCAUAGACUUGCCGAGAAUGGUGGGAAAAUUGCAGUGUGCUCCAGCUAGUUGGCAUUCGAUUGAAUUUUUGAAUUAGUUUGGUUGAGGGCUUCCCACGUUAUGACGAACAGCAGUAGGUCUUCCAAUGGAUUACUGCAGCCGUCGUCGUCCAUGAAACAGAGCCAAAUGGAGGCCAACCACCAUGAAAUUAGCAAUCUAUUUGAUGAUCCUUUUGAUAUUUCUCAUACCAAAAAUGUUCCUUUCGAGACUCUUCGCCGUUGGCGGCAAGCGGCUCUCGUGCUCAAUGCUUCUCGCCGCUUUCGAUACACUCUCGACUUGAACAAGGAGGAAGAGAAAGAACAUCGAAGGCGCAUGAUUCGAUCCCACGCACAAGUCAUCAGAGCUGCCUUACUUUUCAAAUUGGCCGGGGAACGACAGAUUGUCAUAGAUCCCGCGGUUGCAGCCCCAACUCCUAGUGGUGAUUAUGCAAUUGCACUAGAACAACUUGCUUCACUGACUAGGGAUCAAAAUCUUUCUGCUUUACAACAGUACGGAGGUGCUAAAGGUUUAGCUAAUAUGUUGAAAACAAAUUUGGAGACCGGAAUCAUGGGAGAUGAGGCUGAUUUAAUAAAGCGAAAGAGUGCAUUUGGUACAAAUACAUAUCCCAGGAAAAAAGGCAGGAGUUUCUUGAGAUUUCUAUGGGAAGCCUGGCAAGAUUUAACCCUCAUUAUCUUGAUUAUAGCUGCUGCAAUAUCAUUGGGACUGGGAAUAAAAACAGAGGGUCCAGAAGAAGGAUGGUAUGAUGGGGCAAGCAUUGCUUUUGCAGUUAUGCUUGUUAUAGUUGUUACAGCCGUUAGUGAUUAUCGUCAAUCUCUCCAGUUUCAAAAUUUAAAUGAGGAAAAGCAAAAUAUACAGCUAGAGGUCAUGAGAGGUGGUAGGGUAUUGAAAAUUUCGAUAUUUGAAAUUGUUGUUGGUGAUAUUGUACCUCUUAAAAUUGGUGAUCAGGUGCCAGCUGAUGGAAUCUUAAUCACCGGUCAUUCUCUUGCCAUAGACGAGUCUAGCAUGACGGGUGAAAGCAAGAUAGUUCACAAGGAUCAUAGGGUACCAUUUUUUAUGUCUGGUUGUAAAGUAGCUGAUGGUGUUGGCACUAUGUUGGUAACCGGUGUUGGAAUCAAUACUGAAUGGGGACUGUUGAUGGCUAGUAUCUCAGAAGACACUGGUGAAGAGACUCCCUUGCAGGUACGUUUGAAUGGAGUUGCUACUUUUAUUGGGAUCGUUGGCCUGUCAGUAGCUGCUUCUGUUCUUGCUGUCCUUUUGGGCCGAUACUUCACUGGAAACACAAAAAACUCAAAUGGAGAUGUCCAGUUUGUCAAAGGCCAGACCAAGAUCAGCGAGGCAAUAGAUGCAGUGAUUAAAAUUUUUACCAUUGCUGUCACCAUUGUUGUUGUUGCUGUUCCUGAAGGGCUUCCUUUGGCUGUUACCCUGACACUGGCAUACUCAAUGCGAAAGAUGAUGGCAGACAAAGCCUUGGUUCGUAGGCUUUCAGCAUGUGAAACUAUGGGAUCGGCUACAACAAUUUGCAGUGAUAAGACUGGAACAUUAACAUUGAAUCAGAUGACUAUUGUUGAGGCUUAUGUUGGGAGAAAUAAAUUAAAUCCAUCAGAUAACUCCUCACAGUUGCAUUCUGAAGUUAGCUCUUUGUUGUAUGAGAGUGUUGCUCUGAACAGUACAGGAAAUAUUUUCAUCCCCAAGGAUGAUGGAAAUGUUGAGAUAUCUGGAUCUCCUACUGAAAAGGCUAUUCUUUCUUGGGCUGUCAAGUUGGGAAUGAAGUUUGAUAUCAUUAGAUCACAAUCAAAAGUUCUCCAGGUUUUUCCUUUCAACUCAGAGAAAAAGCGAGGUGGUGUUGCAGUGCAAAGGACUGACUCUAAAGUCAAUAUACAUUGGAAGGGAGCGGCCGAGAUCGUUCUUGUUUCAUGUACAAGAUACAUGGAUUCAAACGGGGCUCUGCAAUCCAUAGAUGAAGAUAAGGACUUUCUGAAGGCUGCUGUUGAUGACAUGGCUGCAAGAAGCUUGCGUUGCAUUGCUAUUGCAUAUAGAUCAUAUGACUCGGACAAAGUUCCUGCUGAAGAAGAAGACUUACAAAAAUGGGUUUUACCUGAAGAUGAUCUUGUUUUGCUUGCCAUUGUGGGCAUUAAGGACCCUUGUCGCCCUGGUGUAAAAAAUGCUGUAAGGAUAUGCACAGAAUCUGGCGUUAAGGUAAGAAUGGUCACUGGAGAUAAUCUUCAAACAGCUAAAGCAAUAGCUUUGGAAUGUGGUAUUCUUGGUUCAGAUGCAGAUGCGAUGGAGCCUAACAUAAUUGAAGGGAAGGUUUUCCGUGCAUAUUCUGAAAAGGACAGAGAAUCAAUCGCCAAGAAAAUAACAGUGAUGGGUAGGUCAUCUCCUAAUGACAAGCUUUUACUGGUUCAAGCAUUACGCAAGGGAGGUGAAGUUGUGGCUGUGACUGGAGAUGGGACAAAUGAUGCUCCUGCACUUCAUGAGGCAGAUAUUGGCCUUUCUAUGGGCAUUCAAGGGACUGAAGUUGCGAAAGAAAGCUCAGACAUUAUCAUCUUGGAUGACAAUUUUGCUUCAGUUGUAAAGGUUGUAAGAUGGGGCCGUUCGGUCUAUGCAAAUAUUCAGAAAUUUAUACAGUUCCAACUGACUGUUAAUGUAGCUGCUCUUGUUAUAAACGUAGUUGCAGCAGUUUCUUCUGGAGAUGUUCCUCUAAAUGCUGUACAGCUUCUGUGGGUGAACUUAAUCAUGGAUACACUUGGAGCACUCGCAUUGGCUACAGAACCACCAACAGACCACCUAAUGCAUAGAUCACCAGUUGGUCGAAGGGAACCUCUUAUAACAAAUAUCAUGUGGAGGAACUUACUCAUACAGUCUACAUAUCAAGUUUGUGUUCUCCUUGUGCUCAACUUCGGGGGUAAGAAUAUUCUCCAUUUGGAAAAUGAAGGGAGAGAACAUGCCACAGAUGUAAAGAAUACUUUGAUAUUCAAUGCAUUUGUGCUGUGUCAAAUAUUCAAUGAGUUUAAUGCUCGAAAACCAGAUGAAUUUAAUGUCUUUAGUGGAGUCACCAAAAAUCGCUUGUUUAUUGCAAUUGUUGGAUUUACAUUCAUACUACAGAUAAUCCUCAUCGAGUUUGCUGGAAAAUUUACUUCAACUGUGAGACUUAAUUGGAGAUUAUGGCUUAUAUCUCUUGCUAUUGGCUUUGUCAGCUGGCCUCUUGCCGCAGUCGGUAAACUUCUUCCAGUUCCCAAAACUCCAUUAUCCGUGUAUUUUCUCAAGCCAUUUCGGCGAUGGAGAAGUGGUCGGAAUACAUAGUGUCUGUACAAGGCUGCAAUAAUUCUGGUGACGGAUCAUGCCAUUUUAGGGCCAACGUCGCUUUUAGCACACACUUGAUGUGGUAAAACACUGCUACUAACCUCAUUUUACAUCAAUUGAUAGGUCAACUGUAAUUUCCCAUUGUGUUGGGUUAUAUUUCUCAUAUUGUAAGUUAUCUUUGCGCAAGUCUUAUCAGCAGUGGAAUUCGAACAAAUUUGCAAAUAAUAUUUCCAAAUUGCAACGUGAGUGUGAAAUAAAAUAGAGUAAUCAGACUAUUUAACAA